AUGUACGCUUUUCGUGUCAUCGUCGCGGCUCUCUUUGCCAUCAGCACAUCGGCCUCAGUAGUCGAGCGACAACUCGGCGGCAUUGGGUGCAACGUCGCACGAUUCCAGAUCCUCGGGGCAUUAGGUGAUGCCAAAGAUGCCAUCUCACAGAUUCAAGACCCUACUGUGCAGACAGCGGCACAACAAGGAUUGGAUCAGGCCAAUGGCGGGAUUUCACAAAUCGCCUCAUCGCUUUUGAGUGGGGCUGCGGCGCCCGCAGACAGCCGUGAUGCCGUCGCGGCCGGGCUGGCGGCGAUGGACAGUGCCUUGUCUGCCGCUGACGAUUCCGAUGCGGCUGUUGGUGACGCCAAAACUGCGGUGGCGGAUGCGACGACUGCUGGACAGGAUGUUGUCUCGAAGUGUUAG